AAUCUAUUUAUCACGAUAAUACAGAUCGUGAAAAAUGUGCAUAUUUCUGAGGCUCCCCGUCGUCCCUGACAAAUCGCGUGGACCUUAUUUUCGAAAACAAAAAGCAAACAACGCGUGCUUUUUGUUGAAUCGGGCGAACUUGCAACGGUUCAAUAAUUCCUUCCUUGGCGAAUGUGUUCGCCAUGGAAGCACUUAAGUCUGGAUUUCUUGUGUGGCACCCUUCUCUCCCAGGUGUUCGGAAUUACAGCCAACGCACUGCUUUCUGUUUUGCAUCAACAAAUGUGGCACCCGACAAAAGGGUUUUUGCCUUCUCAGAUUGUUUGCUUCACCAUUCCAUUUCAACGUUUUUAAUUAGGAGGCGACUCUCUGCAAUUCGAAACCCUCAUUUAAGGGUUUUGCGAGCAGCGAGUACAAAUGGAUAUAUAGAUGGUGAAUUUCGAGGAAUUAAUGAUGAAUUUGCGGAUAUAAAGCUCGACGCUGGCAAUGGCGCCGUAGCCAAGGAUUUUAAUAAAGAGUGUUUUCAGCGCGGAAGACAAAUUUUGGAUAUAAUCUUAUCGUUUUUACCCGGUGGAAGUUGGUGGAAAGUGGGGGAUGCGUUUCAGAAUGGGAGCCAGAUCAAGGGUCCUUCGUUAAUUUGUACAUUGAGACGAAUUUGGGCGCUUGUAGCUCCCGAUAAGUUAGUCAUAAUUGGAGCAUUUUCCGCUCUAAUCAUUGCAGCCAUUUCAGAAAUUUCAAUACCUCAUUUUGUUGCAGCAACUAUAUUUUCUGCACAAAGUGGUUCAAAAGUUUAUUUUUAUAGGAAUGCACAGCUAUUGGCCUUGAUGUGCUGCACAUUCGGAUUGUUCAGUGGAAUACGUGGUGGUUGUUUUGGCAUUGCCAAUCAAUUUCUGGUGCAGCGUAUGAGGGAGAAAUUGUUUUUAGUGCUGCUUUGUCAGGAUAUUGCAUUUUUCGACACAGAAGCUGUUGGUGUAUUGACAAGCAGGUUAGGAACAGACUGUGAGCAGGUUUCUCAUAUCAUCGGCAGUGAUUUAAAUAAAAUGUUCCGUAAUGGACUUCAGGGAAUAGGUGCAUUGAUAUAUUUGGUGAUGCUUUCAUGGCAACUUGCACUAUCUACGGUGUUACUCUGCUGCCUCAUGUCAACCAUUCUGUUUUUUUAUGGCAGGUAUCAGAAAAACAUGGCAAAAUUUGCUCAAGAAGUUGUGGCAUCAGCUAAUGAGGUAGCACAAGAGACGCUAUCUUUGGCAAGAAUUGUACGAACAUUUGGGACAGAAAAGCAGGAAUGUGGAAGAUAUUCGAAGUGGUUGAAAAAGUUAGUUGACAUUAAUUUGCGUCAGAAUGUUGCUUAUGGAUUAUGCACAUGGAGCUCAAAUACUUUUUACAAUGCAACCCAGCUACAGGUACAGGCUCGGAUCCGAACGUCAUUGGAAGUUUCAGGACUGAUAGAGCACACAGAGGUUGUCCUAUGGUUCAGAUCUCAGAAAAAAUCCCUAGGAUGGGCGUGGCGCCCUGGUCCUGUCUGUUUUCAGCAGGAUUUGACAGUACAACAGUUUGCAGUGCACAGAUCCCACCCUGUCAGUUAUAGCUUCAGACUUGCAGAAUCAGGACAGUGGCAUGGCACCCUGGUCCUAGACAUUUUGGCUCAGAUUUCAGACACAGGAUUGAGAUUGCCAGAACUGGAAGGCCAUAUCAAGUUCCUGGAUGUUUCUUUUAACUACCCUGCAAGGCCCAUGGUAUCAAGAUGGCGACUCCUAAAGCCCAGAGGAUCUACAAGUCGGUAGGUUCUCAUCAAAGAA